AUGUCAGACUCCAAUAGUGAUUCUAAUAAUUUAGCAAAGGAAAAGUUCAUCGAAGCUGAUGCUGGUGAUGGAACUACAAGAGAAGAACAAUAUUUACAUGGUGCCCCGUUACUCGCAUGUAUCUUAUCAUUAUUCUUGAAUAUGUUUCUCGUUGGUUUAGAUCAAACAAUUGUUUCAACUGUGCUUACCAAUGUUUCUAAUGAUUUUCAUAGUUUUGAUAAAGCUUCAUGGGCUGCUACCGGAUUCUUAUUACCAAUGACUGUUUUAACAGCCAUUUGGGGUAAAUUAUCUAUUGCCUUUGGUAGGAAAUAUCUUUUAUUGGGUGCAACUUUAGUUUUUGAAGCUGGUUCCUUAAUGUGUGCUUUAUCUCAGAAUAUGAAUACUUUCAUUGGUGGUAGAGUAAUUGCAGGUAUAGGAGGAAGUUGUAUUCAAAGUUUAUGUUUCAUUAUUGUAGCUGAAGUUGUUAAUAUGAAUUUAAGACCUUUGAUUAUGGCAUUCUUCGGUUUGAUUAUGGGUGUUUCCAUUGUUUUAGGUCCAUUGAUUGGUGGUGCUCUUACAAGUGGAACCACUUGGAGAUGGUGUUUCUAUAUAAAUUUACCAAUUGGUGGUGUAGCUAUGGUGGCCUUUUUCUUCUCCUUCAAUCCACCUUUACCAAAAUUCAAUCUUAGACAAAAAUUAGCUAUGAUCGAUUACACAGGGGUGUUUAUACUUGCUGUUGGUUUAACUUUAUUCUUAUUAGGUAUGACUUUCGGUAGUAGUAGACAAUAUGAUUGGGAUUCCGCUGCAGCUAUCAGUUGUUUAGUUAUUGGUGGGAUUUUCAGCAUUUUAUUCUGUGUAUGGAAUUUCAAACUUAGUAAGUUUCCUUUAAUUCCUUGGGAAGUUGUGAAGAUUCCUCAACUUUCUGCUGCUGUGUUUUCAGGUUUUGGUAUGUUCAGUUAUUUCAUGGUAAGUAUUCUUUACCUUUCGAUUUACUUCCAAAAUGUCUUGGGUAAAAAUGCUUUACACACUGGUAUUAGUCUUUUACCUUUCAUCGUGGCUACUUCCGUUGCUGCUAUUUCUUCGGGUAUUUUAGUUAGAGUUACAUCUCUUGUCAAGCCAUUUAUUAUUUUGGGAACGGUUUUGAUUGUUGUAGGUACAGGUUUGAUCUCCAUGUUAGAAGUUGAUAGUACUACUUCUCAACAAAUUGGUUAUUUAAUUCUUGGAGGUGUUGGUAAUGGUAUUUUAUUGCAAGGACAGUUGGUUGCUGCCCAAUUGAAAGCUCCUAAAACCGAAGGUGGGCUCAUUUUAACCACUACUUACCUUAUGUUCGGUAGAAAUUUGGGUUCCACAGUAUCAACCAUCUUAGGUGACGUUGUUUACAACACUUCAUUGAAACAUAUUUUACCUGGUGCUGUUAACGGUUUGAAAUCUACAAAUCCUGAUUUAUAUCAACAAGUGAUGUCAGUAACUCCUGACACUUUAGCUACCUCAACUGCUAUCUUGGGUACCUUAUCUGAAGAAGCUAGACAUUUCAUUAGGCUUCAAAUGAUGCAUAGUAUCAAAAAUGUGUUCUAUAUGGGUAUUGGAUUAGCUGGUUUGAGUUUCAUUGCCGGGUUAUUCACUACCAAUAAGAAAUUACCUAAAGCUCAUGAAAUUGGAAGUGCUCAUGAUAAGGAUGAAGAUAAAGAGCUUGUAGAAACUACGGAAAUUAAUGAUGAGAAGGAAUUAGGAACUAGUAGAGAUAUAGAUUCUGAUAAAGUCUAG